GUUUUCACUUGUAACUCAGUUGAUAAGCAGAAGCUGCAGCAAAAACUAUGUUGGCGGAUAGUGCAACUUUGUAAGGCAGCCAAAAAUAGAUAGCGCAUUGUUCAUCUAUGCUCAGAAUAAUUUUUUUCAGGACUUUAGCUAUCUUUGUAGGUACGUCUGUUGUGCUUGUUUCGGUUUCAUCUUCAAGUUUGUCGGAAAUUAAGCCGAUGAACAACGGACAUAUCGUGACGCCUUUGGGAUGCCAUCGUCGUGUAUACACGUAUAAAGUGACACAGUCCGAUCUUCAAGGACACGAGUGUUGGGACUAUGUAAGCGUUUGGUCGUGUUGGGGACGAUGCGACUCAAGCGAAAUUUCCGAUUGGAAGUUUCCUUACAAGCGUUCGUUCCAUCCUGUUUGUGUCCACGCCCAGCGGCAGCUGGUAGUAGCUAUCCUAAAGAAUUGUCACCCUAAAGCAGAGGACAGCGUAAGCAAGUACCAGUACAUGGAGGCAGUGAACUGUCACUGCCAGACGUGCUCCACACAGGAUACCAGCUGCGAAGCUCCGGCCAAUAAUGAAAUGGCUGGGGGCAGCAGGGCAAUCAUGGUAGGCGCCGAUACCAAAAACUUGGACUAUUAGCGAGUUUGGAAAUUGGGUUCCUAACUAAAUUGCGUGGGGGAAUGUGAUGGCUUUAUCUACAACAGCAAGUUAAUGCAAAAAUGCUUAGUAUAAAAUGCAAUAAAACAAAAUAAAAUU